GCUGCGGGUAACACUCUAACACUAGAGCUUCUGCGCUGCUGAAGAAGUAGUACUAGUUUUGCUGUGUGAAUACCUGUGUCUACAGCUUUCAUAGAAACGUUAUUUUCUAUUAUUGGUGCAGUUUUCUAGUUUCUGGUCAGGAUGUCUCAAGACAAGAGCUCGCCGAUAGGAAGCCCCGACAGCGGGGUCGAGGAUGCCCUGGCUGCCUCUAUCAACAAACUGCUACUUGAUAAUCCUGACAACGACAAGGAUUCUUCAGAGGAAAAAGAAGCUGAUGAAGUUAUUGAAUCAGGGAAGCCAAGCAAUGGAAAGAAGGUUGUUAUCAUACAGACUCACCCCCAUCAGUAUCGGGGAACAUCAGUCAGCUCUGAUGAGACCAUGCCAUCUCCCGGAGAGGAUCGUGAUGUUACCGGGCCAAAGACAAAGGAGGAGCGCCUCGACCUGCUGAGAGACUUACUGGAAACAUAUUUCAGUGACAACUACCUCACCCGCGAUAUAUUUUUGCUGAAGCAUUUCCGCAAGAGUAAGGAAGGAUGGAUUUCCCUCAAGUUCAUGGCAUCUUACAAGAAAAUCAAGAGAACAGCCAAGAAUAGGGCAGAGGUAGAAGAAGCCAUACGGAUGUCACCCCUGCUCGAAAUGAACGAAGACGAGAGCAAAGUUCGUCGUCUGGCCCCAUUCCCAGCCUGCAUCGAAGAUUACAUCCCCACUCGCAUGUGCCUCACGGGUGCUCUGUCAAGGGAGAUGAGGAACCUGGUUACUCUCUCGAACUUCCUCAGUACAUAUGGCGAGGUUGCCUCGCUGCAGGUGUUGCGACCAGGCGUCAACGUACCAGAGUCUCUCAUGUCCACUGCCAAUAAUUUCCCACAGAUGCGAGACCAGUGGUGUGCCCUUGUGGAGUUCGAUGAGAUUGAAGCCGCAGGGAAACUAGCAUCGGACGUCAACAACAGGAAGAUAGACAAGGGCCUCACGUGGGCCAUGGAACUGGUCAUGCCGUGGAAGAACCGAAAGAACAGCGAGCGCCAGGAGAAGACCCUCUGGACCGAAUCCGUCAAGAACCGCUGCCGAUCUUGCCCCUCAUCUGGGUAUUCCUCGCCGUGCCUCACUCCUGAGCAGUCCCCUCUCGGAUGCCCAGGAAGGCACAAUGAAUACCGAGGAAUGAGCAAACGAGAACGAAUUAUGAUGACUCGCGGUUGUCAGGGCAACUGCUGCCAGCACACUCAUUUUCCAAGCACCUGCGGUACCUGCUGCUGCAAGAAGACCCACAACCACCGUGUCCACAGAAAGAGCGAGAAUGGCACUCCUCACAAGUCCCCCAAGAGAACCACUUCUCACAUGAACGCGGAAACGUGCGAGAAUUGGCGAACUGCUCCCAUGAUCCAUUAAAGGACUCCAAUACACAGGGCCUCCCAAGCGGGCCUUAAAAAAAAAAUACGUGAAAACGCAACAUUAAAAAAUCUUUGUGAUACCGGUUACCAUGGAGGAAGUACCCAUGAAGGAAAGAUAUAUAAUAAUAUAUAUAUAUAUAUAUAUAUAUAUAUAUAUAUAUAUAUAUAUAUAUAUAUAUAUAUACAUGUAUAUUAACGCAACAAUAGUUUAAGCUCCUUGAACACAUCAGAAUACAGCUUUUGACCAUAUAACGUUUAUUCUUUUAGCUUACGUAUACCUCUGCACUACACUGUAAUAUACAACACAAAAACAAAUUUUUAUGCUUUGUUUUUGUUUAUCUAUAUGGUAUACAGGAACAAACCCCUUGUAGGGCCGUUGUCUUUCCUGCCUAGCCUGUAUAAAAAAAAAAAACUUUAAAAAAAUACGUUUUUUCGCCUCACUGAUGGAAUUACCUUCAAAGGCAGAUAACGAUUUUGUAACGGGAGCUGAGUUAACAAUAGUUAUCAGUACGCAUUCCUUUUUAUAUUAUGAAUAGACACAUUAUAUAAACAUAUCGAGUAGUUUUGAACAAUGACCAUAAGGUUAACAUUUAACGUUAUCUACGUGUAUAACGCACAGUAGAGCAAAUGUUUGAAAGAAAAAGUAAAAAAAAAAAUAAAAGUUUUAGAAUAUAUUUUACUUAAAUUUCGAUGUAAUAAAUUUGCAUGUAUAAAUCCUAAUUGAUGCAUUGAUAUCAUUGUUAUUUAACUGUGUACUGAACAACAAAUAUAUCAUGUACUUAUAUCUAUAUACUAA